GAAAAUCUUCCACUUGGCGAGCAGUAUUUUAGGUUGCUUGAUUUGAUAAAGAAAAGUUUUCAGAAAAAUAAUAAUGGUACUUUACCGAUGAUAAAUUUCUAGUGAAUUUGAUUAUACAUGGAACCAUGAUAAAUGUUAAAACUUCAUCUCGAAUAUACAUACGAUCUUACUCGAUGACCACAAGUUUUGGAAAUGACUGCUGAAGAUAAUUUGAUUCGCAUAUUGACCGUGGAAAAUCGCAGACUGAAUACGGAAUCAAUUAACCCUAUUCAAACGUUGAUAACGAAAGCAGAAACUAUACUACUACGAGAACCGUCUCUGUUAAGAAUCGAACCACCAAUAAUUGCAGUAGGCGACAUUCAUGGUCAAUUCGAAGAUUUGCUGUGGAUUUUCCAGCAAACUGGCUUCCCUCCAGCCACCAGUUAUAUAUUUCUGGGCGAUUACGUAGAUCGUGGACGACACUCGGUCGAAUGCAUCAGUUUGCUGUUAUCGUUGAAAGUAAAAUACCCGAAAAAUGUUUACUUAUUACGAGGAAAUCACGAAUGUACGAUGAUAAAUCAUAAAUACGGAUUUUAUAACGAGUGCAGACAAAGAUUCAACGUUGGAUUAUGGAAUAAAUUCUCCGGGUUAUUCGAUUGUUUACCUUUGGCGGCGAUAAUCGGAAGUAAAAUUUUUUGUUGCCAUGGCGGAUUGAGCCCGGAUUUGAAAACCGUCGAUCAAAUAGAAAGCAUAAGAAGACCAUUCCCUAUUAAUACAUUGACCGGUCUCGUUAAUGAUUUACUAUGGUCGGAUCCUUCACGGUUUCACAAAGGAUGGAAAUAUAACAAAUAUCGAAGUGUGUCGUAUACUUUUGGCAGCGAUGUAAUUGAAAAAUUUCUUUCUGAUAAUAAUUUUCAGCUCAUCGUCAGAGCUCAUCAGUUAAUCAGCAGUGGAUAUCAAAUUUUCGCCGGAGGAAAGCUCAUAUCCAUUUUUUCAGCUCCUAAUUAUUGCAGUAAUCAUAUGAACGAAGGAGCACUCCUACAUAUCGAUGCCAAUUUAAAAUGUUCCAUCAUUAGGCUGAAGAUCACGUAUUCGAAUAUUAGAAAUUUUAACAAAUUACUGGCAAUUUCAAAUGGCGCAUUAGGGAAGCGGUGCCCUUUUUCUUAGAGCUCGACAUAAAAAUAAUUAUUAUGCGCCGGGAAUAACUUAUAAAAAAUAAUUUUUUCUUCAUUAAAAUCAAGUAACAUUUAUGUUUCGUUUUCUUUUCUUUUUUUGUACAGUAUGAUUUUGUAGUACCCACCACCGCAGCGCAUUUUUAGAGAACUGGAAAUUCGCCGAUUAUUACGCAGUGUUGUCUCCGUUUCAUUGUAAAAUGCGCGAAUAUCUCUUGGCGAUUUAAUUUUUCAUUUUUUAUAUCGAAAAGCACCGUAGUUGCGGUUCGAUUCGCUUCGACUUUAGUACCUAUUUUCAUUUGCUUCGGAUAUAUGUAUUGAAAAAUUUGUGUAACUGUAAAUUUUAUUAAAAUACAUACGCGAA